CAACGAUCCAACAUAACUAAACACGAUCUCUCAAUUUGCCUUAUCAAAGAUGUUCAAAUCAAUGUUCCCCAUGGCAACCGACAAGCACAAGAUUCCUGCCACAGUUGUUCUAAUGAGGAAGACCAUGUCGGAUUACAACGAUCUUGGUGACUGGUUAUCAGGCCCCGCUGAUACCAUUGGUGAGGGUUUAGGCAUCCAAAAGGUUUCCCUACAACUAGUUAGUGCUGACAAGACCGAAGAUCCAUCAAAGGGAGGAAAAGUUGGAGCCCCGGUUACUUUACCGAACUGGAACACUAUUGAUAGUGAACAAUUAUACGGGGAAUCAAAAUUCAAUGUUAACUUUGAAUGGAAUGAGGACUUUGGGACACCGGGUGCUAUCUUGGUACGAAAUACUCAUCAUGGUGAAUUCUACCUCAAGACUGUCACACUAGAAAAUGUUCCAGGUCGAGGUCAGAUCCUCUUUGUUUGCAACUCAUGGGUUUACAAUCACAAAAAUGUUCCAGGUCAUGACCGCAUUUUCUUUGCUAACAAGACAUAUCUUCCACAUGAAACGCCAGAACCACUUCGUAAGUAUAGAGAGGAAGAGCUAAGGAUUUUGAGAGGAAAUGGUAAGGGCGAGCUCAAGGAAUGGGAUCGUGUCUAUGACUAUGCUUUGUACAAUGAUUUGGGGGAUCCUGACAAGGGUUCACAACUGGCUCGACCUGUUCUUGGAGGGUCUGCCAAGUAUCCUUAUCCUCGGAGAGGAAGAACAGGUCGAAAACCAUCAAAAUCAGAUCCUAACAGUGAGAGCAGAGACUUUCCAGAGCUACCUGGCACUAUGUAUAACGUUUACGUCCCAAGAGAUGAGCAAUUCAGUCGCUUGAAGAAGUCAGACUUUAAUGCUUAUAAUCUGAAAGGCUUUCUUCAUGAUAUCAUGCCCACGGUUCAAGCUAUUGUUAACUUAACUCCUAAAGAGUUCGACACUUUCAAGGACAUAGACGAACUCUACUUCAAUGGAAUUCAACUUCCUACUGAUGCUGUCAAUCAACUUGUAAAUAACAUCCCCUUACCACUGAUGAUAAAGGAAAUUUUUCGGUCAGAUGGAGAGCAACUCGUAAAAUUUCCAGUGCCUCAAGUGAUUCAAGGUAUAAAAAGUUUAUAUACGCCUCCAACUGCAUGGAGAACAGAUGAAGAAUUUGCAAGAGAAAUGCUUGCUGGAGUGAACCCUAUUGUCAUUCGUCUUCUCAAAGAAUUUCCUCCAACUAGCAACCUGGAUCCUGAAGUGUAUGGUCAUCAAAACAGUUCUAUGACCAAACAAGACAUUGAGUAUAACUUAGAUGGACUCAGCGUUGAAGAGGCACUGAGGACAAAAAGGCUAUUUAUAUUGGAUCAUCAUGAUACAGUGAUACCCUACCUCAGGAGGAUAAACACUACAGAAACAAAGACUUAUGCAUCUAGGGCACUUCUCUUCUUGAGAGGCGACAACACAUUGAAGCCGGUGGCAAUUGAAUUGAGCUCGCUACAUCCAGAAGGAGAUAAGUUUGGUGCCGCUAGCAAGGUGUACACUCCAGCGCAGCAUGGAGUUGAGGGUUCUAUUUGGCAGUUAGCUAAAGCUUAUGUAGCUGUUAAUGAUGGUGGUUAUCAUCAGCUAAUAAGCCACUGGUUGAACACUCACGCAGUUAUAGAGCCAUUUUUGAUUGCAACAAACAGGCAGCUGAGUGUGGUUCAUCCAAUUUAUAAAAUUCUCCACCCUCACUUUCGUGACACGAUGGCUAUUAAUGCAUUGGCGAGGGAAAUUCUUGUGAAUGCAGAUGGAUUGCUAGAGAAAACAUUUUACCCGGGGAAAUAUUCCAUGGAGAUGUCAUCAGAAAUUUACAAGAGUUGGAAUUUCUUGGACCAGGCACUCCCCAAUGAUCUCAAGAAAAGAGGAAUUGCAGUUGGUGAUAUAAAUUCCCUAGAUGAUCUUGAUCGGCUACUGAUAAAAGACUAUCCAUAUGCUGUUGAUGGGCUGAAGAUCUGGUUUGCAAUUGAAAAAUGGGUCAGAGACUAUUGCUCCUUCUAUUACAAGAGGGAUGAAAUGGUUCAACAGGACCCUGAACUUCAAGCCUGGUGGAAGGAACUGCGAGAGGUGGGGCAUGGUGACAAGAAACAUGAACCAUGGUGGCCUAAAAUGCAAACUCUUAAAGAGCUAAUAGAAUCUUGCACCAUUAUUAUAUGGAUAGCUUCUGCUCUCCAUGCAGCGGUCAACUUUGGACAAUACGCCUAUGGAGGCUACUCCCCAAACCGUCCAACACAAAGCCGCAGGUUCAUGCCUGAGAAAGGCACUCCUGAAUAUGCUGAGCUUGAAAAGAACUUUGAGAAGGCUUUCUUCAAAACAAUUACUUCGCAACUAAAUUGCCUCACCGGCGUUACCGUGGUAGAAGUUCUGUCAAGGCACGCAACAGAUGAGGUGUAUCUUGGACAACGAGAGCCUGAUUGGACGACAGAUGCAGAACCAGUGGCAGUUUUUAAGGCUUUUCAUGACAGACUUGCUGAAAUUGAAGAAGAAAUCAUAAGCAUGAACAAGGACAAGAAAUUGAAGAAUCGUGUCGGUCCAGUGAAUGUGCCAUACACUUUGCUCUUUCCAACUGGUGAAGUUGGACUUUCUGGAAAGGGAAUUCCUAAUAGCAUCUCAAUCUAAGUUAGUUAAGGGCAUCAAUAUUAUGCUAAAUAAAUGUUGUUGGUAUUACUACACGUGAAUACCAUUGCUGCCCAAAUAUUAGUGCGAUGUUAUGGGAACUUGGUGUGUUACUAAUAUUUUUCCUUUUAUGCGAGGUAGUAAUUUGUGUUUGCUUCCAAGUAAAGCUGUGUAGGGGCUUUGAUCUCUUAGGGAUGCUUCUAGUGUGUUUACUCCUGUUACCUUGGGAUGUAUGCCCUCUGCUCCCACUUUGUAAUCCCCUUGACUUAAUAUAACGUGUGGUAUGUUGGGACCGUAUAAUCUUUUAUGCUUCUUGCUCUUAUCAUCAAAUCUCAUCCCAAAAUCAUAUAUGGCAUUGGAUAUCAAUUCUGAUGGUUAAGAAAAAAAAAUUUAAAGCUUUUCGUGCAUCUUAUGAAGGAAUUUUCGUAUGUUAAUAGAU